AUGUUUUCAAUUGUGUUUGACAGUCAACAUAAAAACACAGAACAAAUAUCAAAGUGGGUAUCUGAAGAAUGUCCAGAAGCUAUUUUAUUAAUCAAUAAAAGUGUGUCUUUUGACAACUUUGUAUUUUAUGGAGCAAAAUGGAACUUUGCUGGCGACGAUUCUUUUCAACUCGAUUCAACAAAAACAUUUGUAUUUUUAUCACAUCAACCACCUUAUAAUAUAAUGGAUAUGAUGUCAGUUGCGCCAUUCUCACCACCAACAUAUCAUGGUGGAUCACACCAAAUAUUGUCAUUUAUCACUAAAUAUAAACCAAAGUUGGUCUGUUUCGGACAUACACAUAACUGUUUUGGUGUUGUUAAGGACGAAACCACCACUUACGUAAAUGCAACAUUCGUAAACGAAUUAAGUAUUCCAAUUAAAGGUCCUGUGUUACUUCAAUACAUAAAUGGCGAAUUUACAAGAAAAGAGUACAAUGUGUUUAAAACAAUUUGA